AUGUGGCUGCGAAGGCUGGCGGCGGCGAUCUCGCUGGCGCUGGUGCUGCGUGUGGCUGCGGACGGCGAAGAUGAGCGGCACGCGAACGCGCACCUGGAGAUCUCCAUCGAGGACCGGCCGUACAUGGUGUCCCUGCACAAGAAGCUGCGGGGACACGUGUGCGCCGCAUCGCUCGUCUCCACCACGUGGCUGCUGACCGCGGCGAACUGCCUGCACGACGGCUACAGAGUGUCCGGGCCCGCCGGGUACAUCGUGGUCGCCGGAAUCACCGACCUCACGGCCUGCUACAACAACCUCGAGGAAUGCGUGAAGACCGAGGGUGCGCAAGUUGGUCAACCGAGUCGCUUCGUGGUGCAUCCCAACUACGACGGCAACAGGACGCUCAACGAUUUGGCACUGGUUCGACUGCGGAGAAGACUGAACUUGGGCGUUCGGGUCAACGAAGUCGACCUGCCCACGAACGUGCUGGAGGCCGAAGAAGAGCUGCGCAAUGGAACUCUCUGCACCAUUGUUGGGUGGAGCAGAACCCUGACAACGAGAGGAGACCGGGGGCCGAAGCUGCUGUUUGAGAUGAAAGUGUCUCUGUUGGACAUCGAAGAUUGCUCUGAUAAGACGGAGAGAGAUCUGGACGCUACUGCGAAUCUCUGCACGUACGCGGAGAAUGUGGUCGGCUGCAUGGGCGACUCUGGUUCGCCUCUCAUGUGCCGCGGCUUUCAGGUGGGCGUGGUCUCAUCGUGCCUGAACUGCACGACAUUGAAGCCGUGCAUCUACUCGCGCAUCGACACGCAUCUGCCUUGGUUGAAGCAUGUGAUGGCCUCGGCGGAGCCGCCACCGAAAAUAACCAACAAAUAUGGAUGUAAUGUUAAUGGAAAAAAUACGAAGGGUGAUCUGUAG